CUGACUUCUUUCAGUCCUCACAGCCAAUGAGAUGUGACCUCCGAACGUGUGUGGUGCAUGCAAAACAACGGAGGGUUUUCUUUCACAUUGUUAGAAAAUCUUCAUCCUCAACACUGUUAAUGCUGUCAUCUGCAGGUAGCUGCUCAUUGGUUCUAUGAGGACACAACAGUUACACAGCAAAAUCCAAGGUGUGUAUCAAAGCUUCACAGCCUUAUUAGUCUUUUCCCUGUUAUGUUUUCCUCUAUACACCCAUGCUCUUUGAUUUCAGUUCCAGGUUCCCAUUUGAGUUUUAACAAUGUCUGGCAUAAAAGGAAGUAAGUGUGCACUUGUAAUACGAGGGCUCAUUCUCUGGGUUUUAUUGACCAACCUCAUGCUGGUGCUCUACUGCUUGACCAACCCAACUCAAGUGAAGAUCAGGGGCUUCCAGGAAGAUACAUGUCCCCUCAGCAUGGCAAAAUUAUCGAAGAAAAAUAUGACCACGCCACCUCAAAGCGUCAAAUCCCAGUCAGAAGAGUGCUCCCCUGUAGCUGACAUCAUGUUCAUGAAGACUCAUAAAACUGCUAGUAGCACUAUACUCAACAUACUAUUCAGAUAUGGAGAAAGGCACAAGCUUAAAUUUGCCUUUCCUGAUGGCCGCAACGACUUCUCCUACCCAUCGCCUUUCCUGUGCUCCCAGGUGAAAGACUACAGGCCUGGAGAAUGUUUCAAUAUUCUUUGUAACCACAUGCGCUUCGACCGCCAAGAAGUAGCCAAGCUCUUGCCUCCACAUGCUGUGUACGUCACCAUCUUACGUGACCCAGUGGAUCUCUUUGAGUCAUCCUUCCAUUAUUAUCACAGAGCAGUUCCUCUCACAUGGAGGAUCAGUGGAGAGAACAAACUGGUAGAGUUUCUAAACAAUCCUCAGGCCUUCUACAGCCCAGAGGCUUACAACUCAUUCUAUCUUAAAAAUCUGCUCUUUUUUGACUUUGGUUUUGAGAACAACGUCGAAGCCGAUGAUCCUCGUGUAAUGAGGAACAUUCAUAACUUAUCAAGAUAUUUUGACUUGGUCCUUAUAGCAGAAUAUUUUGAGGAGUCCCUUAUCCUGCUGAAGGACAAACUCUGUUGGACCAUGGAGGACAUUGUAUAUUUUAAGCUAAAUGCUCGCAAGAGCUCAUCUGUAUCUCGACUAACCCCUGAGUUGAGAGCCAAAGCUUUAGAGUGGAACAGGGCUGACUGGCGACUCUAUCAGCACUUUAAUGCUACCUUCUGGGCAAGAGUAGAGGCGUAUGGGAGAGAAAGAAUGAAACAGGAGGUCAGUGAGCUGAGGAGAAGAAAUGCUGAUAUGAAGGCCAUCUGUAUCGAGGGAGGAGAUGCAGUCGAAGCCCAAAAGAUCCAGGACAGUCGUUUCCUGCCCUGGCAGCCAGUUGGAGAGACUUCCAUCCUAGGGUACAACAUGAAGAAAGAUAUUGAUCCCAGAUUCAGGACAAUUUGUGAAAAAAUGCUUACACCUGAAAUACAGUACUUAUCAGACCUGGGUGUAAGCCUGUGGCUUACUCGACUGUGGGGUUGGUUUAAAGAUGCUGUUUUUACAGUUUGGCUUUGAUUGAAAUAUUUAUAACUAAAAUACAGCAAUAGCAAUCCCGCAACACUUAUUAAAGAUGCCUACUUGUAACACACUUUCCUCUUACUUUAGUACAUUUUGCAAGUUUUCUUUCGAAUGAUGCUUCCAUAAUGUUGAUUCAUAUUUGUCAUAGAGAAGCAGAAUUCCUCUUUGUUCCGACUCAAUUAAUGUUCAACAAUUAAUGUUCUAUUGACUAACUUUUGAUAACAAUAGUUAGUUAACAAAAAGUGUAUGUGUAUAUUUUAGCUUCUGCUUCCAGGGUUCUGCUUCCGUCAGGGUAGCGGGGGCCAAUCCCAGCUGGCUCUGGGUGGCUACCACACAGCUCACACACUCCGUUUGGUCUGUCAGGGGGGGUGGGGCUGUUUGCCGGACGGCUGUUUGCCAGAAGGGGCAACAGGGAGGUGGGACUGUGCUGCAGGGCUGCCACACACUCCGAGUUGCCAGGUUAGGCGCAGGGGAGCUCGGGGUUCGAACCUGCGACUCGCUUGCUAUGAGGCGACAGAACUAACCAUUGCGCUAUUGUGCCGGCCACCACCCUAAAUGUUUGAUGACAACAGAGACGUUGAGUUUAACUAGUUUCUUUUUCAUCACGACAGUUGUGGCACAUAACACACCUCUAUAAUCCAACUAAAAUGGAGAUUUGAAACAUAAAUCCACAUAUAGGUGCUUGAAACUGACGCAACAAACUCGUGGUAGACAGUUAUAAGGAGGUCUCGAUUCGAUUACCAGUCGAUUAUUUAGUUUGCAUUUGACAACAGUAACCCAAAAUACACCAUAAACGUAUUGCACCAUUAAAAAAAAAACAGUCAGCUGCUUACUCAACUUCUCUUUUAUUGAGAAACAUCUCAAAGCACCUUCAGUAUUGUGUGGUAUAGCUGUAACUUCCAAACUAUUAUUAUUAUUAUUAUUAUUAUUAUUAUUAUUAUUAUUAUUAUUAUUAUUAUUUAACUCGUUUUAGAUGUAGUCUCACUGGAGCUAAUUUUGUUGUCACCUGGUGGAGAGUACAUUGAUUCGGUGGAAUGACAGGCUUGUCUUUAGCCCACGCAGCCUCCUCUGGAUGGAAGCGUGACAUGUGAGCCCUCAUCCAUCCAUCUAUCCCAGGUGACUUCGGUCGACACGGUAUUUUGUUAUGACUGUUAGUCAACAGCUCCACCUUGUGGUUAAAUCCUGUAUAACAGCCAGUAACUGGAGAGUCACUGCAGUGUAUUCCAAAUAAACAGACAGACAGAUAGAUAGACAGAUUUGGAAAUGAAAGAAUAGACUCAUAAUAUAAACGCCAUUAAUCAAUGUUUUGUUUUCACCACCCCUUGUGCCUAAGAAACAUCACUUACUUUAAUCAAUGUAAACACAUUGUAGUAAAAGUAGUUACUUGUAUAACUGUGAAAUCUACCAGACUGUGGAUCCUUAUUUUGUAAACUUGUUUUGUAAUAUCCUAUGCAAACAAAAAAUGUGAUUACUAUUAAUGUAUUAUUAUUUGUCAUAUGUGGACUUUCUCAUAAAAGAGGUAACAAUAAAGUCUAUGCAGUGGUC